CCUUCCCCGCGCAGCGUCCCCGCCGGCGCCGUGCAGCCCUUCCACGGGAUGCUGGACCGCGUCCCCAGCGAGCCGUCCUACCGGGCCCCUCUGGAGAAGCUCUUCUUCCUGCCCCACGUGUGCAGCUACGCCUGCCUGUCCCGCGUGCGGCCCAUCCGCGCCGACCAGUACCGCAGCCGCAACCCGCUGCUCAUCCCGCUGCUCUACGACUUCCGCCGCAUGACGGCGCGGCGCCGCGUCAACCGCAAGAUGGGCUUCCACGUGCUCUACAAGACGCCCUGCGGGCUGUGCCUGCGCUCCAUGCAGGAGAUCGAGCGCUACCUCUUCGAGACGGACUGCGACUUCCUGUUCCUGGAGAUGUUCUGCCUCGACCCCUACGUGCUGGUGGACCGCAAGUUCCAGCCCUACAAGCCCUACUACUACAUCGCCGACAUCACCAAGGGCAGGGAGGACGUGCCGCUGUCCUGCGUCAACGAGAUCGACAGCACGCCGCCCCCGCAGGUGGCCUACAGCAAGGAGAGGAUCCCCGGCAAGGGGGUCUUCAUCAACACCAGCUGGGAGUUCCUCGUGGGCUGCGACUGCAGGGACGGCUGCAGGGACAAGUCCAAGUGUGCCUGUCAGCAGUUGACGAUCCAGGCGAGCGGCUGCACCCCUGGGGGGCAGAUCAACCCCAACUCGGGCUACCAGUACAAGCGGCUGGAGGAAUGUCUGCCCACGGGCGUUUACGAGUGCAACAAGAGGUGCAAGUGCAACGUGAACAUGUGCACCAACCGCCUGGUCCAGCACGGCCUCCAGGUCCGGCUGCAGCUCUUCAAGACCCAGAACAAAGGUUGGGGCAUCCGCUGCCUCGAUGACAUCGCCAAGGGCUCCUUCGUCUGCAUCUACGCAGGGAAGAUCCUCACGGACGACUUCGCCGACAAAGAGGGGCUGGAGAUGGGGGACGAGUACUUCGCCAACCUGGACCACAUCGAGAGCGUGGAGAACUUCAAGGAGGGCUACGAGAGCGACGCCAAGUGCUCCUCGGACAACAGCGGCGUGGACCUGAAGGACGACGACGACGAGGAGAACACGGGCACGGAGGAGCCCGAGGAGUCCAACGAGGACAGCUCCGACGACAACUUCGGCAAGGACGAGAACUUCCACGCGAGCUCGGUGCUGCGCAGCUACGCCACGCGCCGGCAGACGCGCGGCCAGAGGGACGGCGGCCUCUCGGAAACGGCCUCCAAGGACUCGGGGCUCACCCGGCCCCUCGGCCACGACGAGGCCCUGGCGGCCCCCUGCAAGCUGCCCGUGUCGGAGGAGAGCUCCAAGAACAAGGUGGCCUCGUGGCUGAGCUCCAACAGCAUGGCCGAGGGCUUCCAGGACGGCGACAGCAGCUCGUCCUUCCGCGAGGCGGGAGAAACCAAACCUGUGAAAGUGGAGAACCCCGGGGAGAGGGAGAAGGGAUGUGUUCCCACCCCGGGAGAGAUGAACAGAGAGAUGAAGGCAGCCAAGAAGGAGGAACCUGAAGAGCCAACCAAAAUUACGGGGCUGAGCAUCCCUGGCAGGAGGUACGGGUACAACCCCUGCCCCCCGAAGCUGGAGGGGAUCCGGCGGCCCCUGAGCCGCACGGCGCUGCUGCAGAGCCGGCGCCGCUCCCUCUCCCUGCAGGCCUCCAGUGAGGACGUGCUGACACUGUCGAGCAGCACCGACAGUGACGUUGAGAACGGGCAGGUCCUGGCGGGGCAGGUCCCGGGCACCGCCAACGACAGCGACGACAUCCAGACCAUCUCCUCGGGCUCUGAGGAGGAGGAGGGCGAGGACAAGAAAAACCUCUCGUCUGGGUCAGGUCCCGUGAAGAGGCAGGUGGCUGUGAAAUCCACCCGGGGCUUCGCCCUGAAAACCACCCACGGCAUCGCCAUCAAAUCCACCCCGCUGGCCGCGGGCGACAAGGGCGAGAGCGCGGGGCCCGUGCGCCGGAGCACCCGGCAGUUCUACGACGGGGAGGAGAACUGCUACAUCAUCGAUGCCAAGCUCGAGGGCAACCUGGGCCGCUACCUCAACGUGAGCUGGGCACGGGCAAGGGGGGGCAGGGGCCUCAGCGGGGCUGUGCCCGCUCUGAAGAACAGGGAAAGGGCAGGGGGAGGAGGCUGAUCCACCCUCCUGAG